GGAAAGACUAGUUGUAAACAAAUAAUCGCAGAGACGAUGUGUCCUCAACUCGACUGUCCUAUCAAUGAACAGUUCACUCGAGAAGACCAAUGUUGCAGAUUCUGUGCUGGCGCUGACUUUUGCAGUGUAGGCAAUGAUUGCCAUUCAAACGCAACCUGUCAUAACCUGCACACAGAAUAUAUCUGUUCUUGUAAUAAGGGUUUCAAAGGCGAUGGAAAGGUAUGUGAAGAUCUGAACGAAUGCGAUCAAAAAGGAGGCAAUGAUGGCCAUCAUUGCGGACAGAAUACGAUAUGUGUGAACACAUUAGGCUCUUAUAAGUGCGAGUGUUUGCCCAGCUUUAGACGA